UGAGGGAGCUGCUCAGCUCAUACAGAUUCACUUGCUAACUCAGGAAUUACAGCUGUUAUUAAGAAGCACUCACUGUGGCUUUAGGGAGUGCGCCAGGGGAUAAUAACAGAAACAACUCUCUUAUUUCAGUCAUUCUGGGCUCUUUUCUCUUCUGAUUCUCCUUAUUGUUAUUAUGGAGCCCAACAGUCCUAAAAAGAUACAGUUUGCUGUGCCAUUAUUUCAGAGUCAAAUAGAUCCUGAAGCAGCUGAACAGAUCAGGAAAAGAAGGCCUACACCAGCAUCACUGGUCAUUAUGAAUGAGCCUGCACCCCCAGAAAGAGAUGAGAAGAGAACGAACAGCUCACAAGGAGAAUCGCAGACUGCCUCCCCUAAGCAGAGGAAGCAGAGUGUGUUUACUCCUCCUGCCAUCAAAGGUACUGUUCAGGGAUUAAGCAUCUAAAAAGUCAGAAUAAGUCAGUGUUCCCGGAGGAAGAAGAGGGAGUCAGUGAAAGAGAAGAGGAAUGGGGCCAUUAACUAGCAUCAAGCUUUUGCAAGAAAGUUAUUGUGAACAAGUGAACUGCUAAACUUUCCAUACUUAACAUGGAAUUCCUUUGCUUAUGUUCCUGAAACAUUCUUCAUCUCAGCACUCAACACACAAGCAUAGUAGGAUGCUUUCUGAGGAGCGUUCCUUGACCGGAUUUUACAGCCAUUUGCAAACUUGUCCUGUGAUACUUAUAACUAAAGAUAAACAUUUAUUUUACUGUCAUUGUUCUUUUCUUUUUUAUGACUUAGAAAUAUAAUUUGCAAACAUGUUAGUGAUCUACCUUCAAUACUGCCAGAGCUUAAUUACUGAAUGUGACCUGUACUCUAAGACCUAUUGUAAAUAGUAUCAAUUUAAAAGCUACAAAAUAAAUACUAAAUUCAUUUAGA